AAAUUAAAGUGAAUUUAUACAUCAUUGGCAUCAGGAUUAUUCACGAAGGGAUCGUUUGAUUCCCUCUCGUACUAUAUUUGAUUUUAAAUGAUUAAGUUUUAAUAUCCAUGCAAUCACGGGAAUUUUUGUCUUUUAAAUCGUCGUUCCGAAACCGACUGUGAGAAGGGCCAAUAUAUUGUUUGAAAAUUGUUCAAGAAUCGGCGGGUGCUGAACCCUUACAGGGUUUGUGCAUGUCAUCUUUGCGCAAGAGGCAAUGCUAAUUUCCUUUGUAUCGUUUCAAUUUUGUCCAAAAGAUAAGGGUCUAAUUUAAAUUUAUGAAUGCAUGGACAUAGAAUUAAAUUAGACCGUUUUCCCUUCCUUCUUGUGAGAAACUUUUUGCAGGUGUAAAGGAGUAAUGACAAUUCAUUCAAACACAAAUGUUAUGUUUCACCCGAAAUUCUUCCUUUGAUGAUCGGUAGUGACCGUUAACAUAUUUCUUUUGAUGCUGCACCUUGCCAUAUUAGAUCAUGAAUUUAAGCUUGGGAUGGGGAGUGCUCUUGAAACGCUAUGUGGUCAGGCAUAUGGGGCUGGGCAGGUGCACAUGCUGGGCGUCUACAUGCAACGUUCGUGGAUCAUUCUGCUCGUUUGCUGUCUAAUCAUGAGCCCCAUCUAUGUGUUUGCUGGACCCAUUUUGAAGCUCAUUGGCCAAGAGGAAGAUAUAGCUCAACUUGCUGGCAGCUUCACCAUUUUGAUUAUACCACAGCUCUUCUCCUAUGCCAUCAACUUUCCGGUCCAAAAGUUCCUCCAGGCUCAGUCUAAGGUUAUGGUUCUGGCAUGGAUUGGACUUGUAGCGCUGGUCCUUCAAGUGUUUCUCGUUUGGCUGUUCAUAUGGGUCUUUGGCUGGGACUUGGCUGGAGCAGCCGUAGCACUGGACAUUAGCGCCUGGUUCAUUGUGGUCGCACAGCUGGUAUAUGUCUUUGGCUGGUGCAAAGAUGGAUGGACUGGAUUUAGCUUGAUGGCCUUGAAUGACAUUUGGGCGUUUGUCCGGCUCUCCCUAGCCUCGGCUGUCAUGUUGUGCCUAGAAGUUUGGUACAUGAUGAUACUUGUUCUUCUCACAGGAUAUUUGAACGAUGCUGCCAUCGCCGUGGAUGCUUUAAGCAUAUGCAUGAAUAUAAAUGGAUGGGAGUUCAUAAUUUUUAUUGGAGUCAAUGCAGCGAUCAGUGUUCGUAUAUCAAAUGAGCUUGGAUCCGGCCAUCCUAGGACUGCAAAGUUUGCAGUGGUCACUUCUAUCAUCUCGUCACUGCUGAUUGGGUUUUUCUUCAUGGCUGUGAUUUUGAUAGCUAGAGACUAUUUUGCUGUGCUCUUCACCAGUAGUAAGGAAGUGCAAAGGGUAGUUACUAAACUUGCAUAUAUUCUCGCAGUAACCAUGGUGCUCAAUAGCGUCCAACCUGUUAUAUCAGGAAUUGCUAUUGGAGGAGGCUGGCAAGCAUUAGUGGCUUAUAUAAAUCUUGGGUGCUACUAUGUAUUUGGCCUUCCUCUUGGCAUCAUUUUAGGUUACAAAUUGGACUUGGGAGUUCAGGGAAUUUGGUCUGGCUUGCUUGCCGGAACUAUAUUGCAAACUCUCAUCCUCAUAGUAAUCCUAUGGAGAACAGAUUGGAAGAAAGAGGCUGCUGUCUCAUCUAAGAGAGUAAAGACUUGGGGUGGUCAAAUAGAAGACGAGUUGCAGGUAGAUACUUGAAUGCAAUUACAAGAAAGUUGAAUUGAAUUCAAGAUAAAACCGUGAGGUUAAAAGUGCGGGAAGCUUGUUCAUUUUUUUUCCUUGUGAAGUUUUUUUUUUUUUAUAUAUUUGAGAACCAUUUUCAUGGUUAUGUUGCCCAAUAAAGUUGCAACUAAACAAUUAAAGUUUUCUAUAUUAGAAGUAAGAUUUAUCUA